GUCCAAACCAAUAAAGGAAAACAAGCGGCAGAAUUUGAAUUGAGAGCUCGUUGUAACUGCCGGAGGAGACCGGGUCUGCGGUCACUAUCGGCGUCGGCAUCGGCCUCGGGGAGUUAGGCUCGACACACGGAAUGGUCGAGGCAGCAAUAGUGCCGGCGCUGGCGGAUCCGAUCGUGCCCGAGCUGACGGUACCCGGAGAAGAUCAAGCGGAAAUUAAAGGCAGUCAUGACAGUCCUGAAAAGGAAAAUCUGUUGAAUCCAGGAGCAACCAAAUUUCCAGAAGUUAUUGAGACAACUCAACUCACCUAUUACGAGCGAUACAGGGUCUACCAGGAUUACAUCUUGGGUGAUACUAAACCAUCGGAAGUGAAAGAUUUCAUUGCAGAAUACUUGGAGAAGGUCCUCGAACCGUACGGAUGGCAAGCACUCUGGUCCAAUGAUAUGUUUGAAGUCCUUGUUGAGGUGACCGAUGUGGAGACUUCAAGUCACAAAGCUGUGGUAAAGUUAAGCGAACCAUUCCUUUAUGAGUCUGAAGCAUAUCCUCUUGAUGCAGAAGCAAUGGAAAGUUUUCUUGAGGCGAAAAAGCACUUGGUGCCAUUGCAAGAACUAUACGUGGUGUCUGAUGAGUCAGGAGAGUUUGAUCAAACUGCUCUUGCCAUUGAACAUCUUCGAUUUUUCUUUCUCCACAUCUGGAGAAGCUGGGAUGAAGAUGAUGAAGAUGAUUUUGAUUAUUUUGUCAGAUGCUGUGAACCAAGAUUAAAACUGUACUAUGAUAUUCUUGAAGAUCGUGUACCUGCUGAUCUUGUUGCCGAAUAUAAUCGGCUGUUGUCCCAGUGUGAGGAGACGUACAAGGAAUUUGUAAAAGUGAGAGAGAAUAUAUCUGGUAGUGAUUCAGCAUCAGAAUCUGAACUGAAUAAUGUUUCCAUGGUGGAAGGAGUUCAACUUUGUGAACAAUUGGAGAAGCUUAAAUAUAAACUUCGAGUAAUGGAGACCCCAUUUUAUAGGUAUGUGCUAUGUCAGGAUGGCUAUGGGUUCCCAGCAAAGCAGGCUAAAGGACUUCGUCCCUCAGGUGAAAAUGUUAUUCAUGUAGUUUCAAAUUCUGUGACAAUUACUCUGCUGCAGUCUCUGCUGAGGGAGAAACUAAACCCGGACUGUGUGACUCAGGAGCAUGUACUCGAGUUUCACAGUGAUCCACUUCUAGCAGUAAAUGCCUGUUUUGAAGGAGAUGUUGUUGUUAUCUGUCCUGGCCAUUACUAUGUGAAUGGCUACUUCAGCAUAGCUGAUUCCAUUCAAGUAGAAGGAUAUGGGCUUCCUGAUGACAUUGUGCUGGAGAAGGAAGGUAAAGGAGAUGCCUUUGUUGCUUGCACCGCCAGUUGUUUAAAAAUAUCCAAUUUGAAAUUUAUUCAACAUGGUGCUACAGAGGGUAUUCUAUGUGUUCGUAAGGGCCAGGCUGUUCUGGAGAAUUGUGUAUUCCAGUGUGACACUACAGGAGUUGUAUUAAGAACAUCAGCAAAAUUACAUAUGAAAAAUUGUGACCUAUAUGGAGCAAAGGGGGCAGGACUUGAAAUUUACCCGAGCAGCACAUGUGAGCUUUUUGGCAAUGAUAUACAUCACUGCAAGGAGGGAAUACGUAUUAAGAAUUUUAUGGAGGAACUAUACGAUGUACCAAAAAUAACCAUGAUGAACAAUCUGAUUCAUAACCAUGAAGACUACGGUAUCACACUGGCCAAAUUUGCAAUACACAUUCCAAAAAAGAAAAUUCCUUUUGCAAUCGCAGCGCAAACAGGCGAUACAGAACAAAAAGAGAAUCCACAGAACAAUGUCAAUGAAAAUAAUUCAGAAUUAAAUUCUGACUUUUGUGAAAUGCAAAAUGUACCACCUUUAUUAAUUGAGUGUAGUUCUAGCAAAUGUGAACAAGCUGUAGUGUUGAAUCCUUCUGAUGCUGCUGAAUGUGAUGAAGUUAUAACAAAUGAACUAAUUUCUACUUCUGCAACAAAGAGGAAACAGUCCAGAAGCAGAUUAAAUGAGACGCUAGAUGCUGGGGUGAUUGAUGACAUAAUGUCACAAGAAAUGUUUCUAUCCAUUGUGAGUAAUCAUUUUAAGAAAAACGGGAAAGGAAGCUUUGGAAUUGUGUACUCCUAACUCCAAUUAGUAUAUGAACCUUGAUGUAUGAAAUACAUUUGUACAUAUUUUUUGAAGCAACUGUAUAACUUAAUAUUUUUCACCAGCUUGAAGUUGUCUAUGUACGAUGGCAAAAUCGCAAUACUUGGCAGGUGAUAGGAAGAAUUGAUGGAAUUCCUUUUUGACAAUUCUAUCUUCUAAAGGUGUUCUCACUAGUUAGUGUGCAUAAUCAAGUUUGUCAUUGGUCCAACUCAGAACCUUCGUGUUCAAAUGCAAUGCAAUUAUAGCUGAUUUAUUGCCAAUGAAUUGUAUAGUGUUGACGAUAAGUUAAGAAGACAUUUCCAUAAACUGCAGAAAGAGACUUAAUUUGUUGUACUUCAGUUAGCUGUAUAAAAUAUAACAUUUAAAAGCAAGAUUUGUAGUGGGAUUAUGUGUAGUACUCAUCAUUUUUCCAUACCAGUAUUUGGAACUAUUGAUUCCCAAGUAUUAAACUAAUGUGCUAAUUUCAGGAAUAUCUUACUCGGCACUCUUCUUCCCUUUCCUAAUCACCCCUCAGCCUAUCCAAAUGUCCUGACGUGAUCAAGAAGCCAAGAAUUAAUGAAAUAUUUUGCAGAUACAAUCUUUUACUGCAACUUCAUUAAUUUCUUUCCAUUUAUUUGCAUCAUUAUGUACUCUGAACUUGAUUCUUUCCUCAUUUAUGGUUUCAUUCCAAUCAGAACAGCUAUCUUCAAUAGAAAAUAAAUAACUCUCCAUUAUCUAUGUAAGAAAAUGCUUCUUUAAUGUACUUGCUUUACGCCAACAUGCAAACAUCACUGUUGAAUUAAAAAAAACUUGAUAAUUCCACUGGGUGAAAUCAUGUAACUUUGCAUUAAUACUGGAUCAAUACCAAUUUUACUAUGUUUGAAAUGUAUUUUAUUGUGAAGUAAAAUAGGAUGAAUGUGAGAAAUAUUUGUGCUGUAUUUGCAAAUGGAGCUUAUUUAAUUUGUGUUGUCAAUACAACUUUAACAUUCUCAUAGCAGUACAUUUUCAAUGUUUUCAGGCCUUGCCACAGCCCUGUUGUAAUUAAUGACGAAUGUUUAUUGAUUUCAUUACUGAAACCCUUAUACCAAGCAAAGCAUAGUUACACUAAACUUUUAACUAUCAAAUUGUAAUGUAAAUUUGUUAUUUAUAUUACAAGCAAUGAUUUUUGUUAUUUUGUGGUAAAUGUCACUUUUCCUUUAUGGGGUUAACAGAUUGUAAUAUUUGAUAAAAACUGAAAGAACUGCGAAUACUGUAAAUCAGAGACAAAAUAGAAAUUGCUAGAAAAGCUCAGCAGGUUUGGCAACAUCUGUGGAGAAAAAUCAGUUAACGUUUUGGGUCAAGUGACCCUUUUGGGAGUUAACAAUGAAUAAUCCCCAUCAAUUAGCAACUUGAUGCUGCAUAGUGAGAAUCUCGCCACGCCGCUUGUGAAAAGCAUAAAAGAUGGUGUGAGUUGCUGCUGGUGUUGAGAUCGGCCUUGUUGCAUAAGUCGCCCGAUUCUCCCAUGUAUCUUGCUACAACCCAGAUCUCUCAGAAACCACCUAUCAUUUUCUUUUGUAUGCCAAUAGUUUCUGCUCAGUUUCCUUUUCACAUUAUCUGAAUUAAAGCACAUUUUAUUCGUUUCA